AUGCAACAACGAAGGCACAAUGAUUUAGAAGAUGAUGCUUACGAAUUGGAGAGGUCCAUUUCCAUGGCCAAUAUUACUGUUGAAAAUCAAUAUGCAAGACAAAUGGAAGAAGUGGAGCGAGGCAAUUACUCUCCGACGUUUGUUUUUAAACCUCAACAACAUUAUCAAAAGCAUUACUUUCCAACAACUCCCAUUCCAACCACACCACUCCUUCAUGCUGCUGCAGAAAAACCAAUCUCAUCCUUCCUAAAAUCAGCUUUUGAUUUGGCCCAAAUAGUAUUCGGAAUUUAUAUUUCAUUUAUGAUCAUGUCUUCAUAUCAAGAACAAAUUACACGAACACCCUACGGAGGAGGUGAAGUCUUACAUUCUUCCUCAUCAACCCAUCAUCAUACGACCACUACUACCAGUUCCGAUGCUGAAUUUUUCAAUUUUCCUCUAUUUCUAGUGUUCUUGCAAUGUGCCUUGAAUGCAAUUGUGGUGUUUUUAAAGUUGAGAUGGCAUCCAAGCGAGAAUGGAAGACAUUCCAAUGUUCCUCAGCUUUAUUUCAUUGCAGCAUCUUUUGCGUAUGUGAUAGCAACAAGUUCUAGUAAUGCUGCAUUACUCUAUGUUAAUUAUCCAACACAAGUGUUGGCUAAAAGUUGCAAGAUGAUUCCUGUUAUGGUGAUGGGCAUGUUAGUGGCUAGAAAAAAGUAUGAAAUUUCGAGAAUUGUUGCAGUGGUAAUGACAACAAUCGGAAUUUCAAUAUUUAUGAUUGAUAGAUUUGGACAUAAACAUUCACAUGAUGGACCACAUGACAAUAAUUUCUGGGGAUUGAUUUUGUUAGUGGUUUCACUAGCUGCAGAUGGAUUUACCAAUUCUAUUCAAGAUUUGAUGAAAAAUUUUAAGGAUAAGCCCACUGGAGAUGAGCUUAUGCUCUAUAUGAAUUGUUAUGCUGCUGGUUUUGUUGGCUUGGCAAUGUUUUUUUAUGACCAAUUUUUUCCAGCUGUUUCAUUUUGUAUGAAACAUACAGAAAUUAUUAAUCACAUCAUUGUUUUCUGCGUUGCAAUGACGGUGGGUCAGUACUUCAUAUUUUGGUGCAUUUCCGCCUAUGGAACACUGGAAUUGUCAAUCAUUACAACAACACGCAAAUUCUUUACUAUUUUGUGGAGUGUGUUCAGAUUUGGCCAUGAAAUGAGCUUCGUUCAAUGGUUUGGUGUGUUGAUUGUUUUUGUAGGGUUGAUGUACGAUAUUGUGCUGUCUGCAAGAAAGGGGCACAAGAAACCUCAUCAGAUAAAAGAGAAUUAA